AUGGAUUGUAAAUAUUGCUCAGAGGUUUUAAAGGGAGAUGAGUGCAUUAAAUGUGUUUCAUGUAAUAGAACAUCUCACUUCCAAUGCGUGGGAUUAUCUGAGGCAGACUUCAAAAGAAUGUUACCUAUGAAUAGAGCCAAAUGGAAGUGUCCUAUUUGUAAAACCUCUAAUAAAAGUAGCAAUAGUCCGCAAGUUUUUUCCACUGACGCAAAAUCUUUAUUAUUACUCUUCGAUGAACGAUUUAACAAUCUUAACACGACGAUUGAAUCCUUUAAAACAUUUAUUACUGAAGAAUUUAGAAAAGUAACUGAGACAGUUAAACAGUGGUCUGAGAAAAUUACUAACAUGGAAUCAUCUAUUAAUUCUAUUAUUCAAAGAAUGAAUGAUUUUGACUUAGAAAUAUCUAAAAUUGCACAUUUAGAAUCAGAAUUGAAAGAGUUACAGAUGUCAUUUAAUGAAAUAAAGGAAAAUAAUAGUAAAAGUGAGCAGUGGGUUCGUCGUUCAAAUAUACAGAUUAACGGUGUCCCCCAAAAAAAAGGUGAAAAUCUCAUACAAUUAAUAAAAAUAUUAGCCGAAAAAGCUAACUUCCCCUUAUCACCGGAUACUGACAUAGAUUUUAUAACUAGAAUUGCCACCAAAAACGAUUCGAGUGACAGUAGACCUAAACCAAUUAUAUUAAAAUUGCAGGCCCGUUAUAAAAAAGAUGAUUUUUUAACAUCUCUUCGCAAAUUAAAAAACUUAAAGGCUUGUGAUAUGGGGUUUUUGGGAAUGCAGAAUAGAAUAUAUUUCAACGAUCAUCUUUCCACCAAAAACAAAGCACUCUUUAAUGAGGCCAAACGCUUAGCCAAACAAAAGGGCUAUAGCUAUUGCUGGGUUCAGACAUGGCUUUUACCUGGCAUUUUUAAUGAGGAAUUGUUUGAUACUAGGUAUGAUGUUUAUCGCACGGACCGUGACUAUCAGCGCUUUAACUUGAGUAUGGGAGAUGGUACUCUCAUAGCGGUACGUCGUGAAAUUAAUAUAGACUUGCGUAAUAUUCCUCAAAUUCCCGAUAUUAAUGAUGCAAACAUUACUAUCCUGAAUAUAAAUCUGAGAACGGGUGCUGUGCAAAAAUCUCUCAUCGUUGUAUGCUGUUAUUUUCCUCAAAAUUGUAAUCAAUCAGAUUCCCAAUUAAAACUGUUCGAAUACGUCUCGGAUUUACGCUUAGACUUUCCUCUUUAUAAUAUUAUUGUAAUGGGUGAUUUUAAUAUAAAAGAUGCCACAUGGUCACUACAAAACAGCGACAGUGGCUUUAAAUUAGAAAAUAUAUCUGAGAACAUUCUCACUUACCAAUUAUCUACGUUUAUGAGCUUUACCGAUCUACAACAAUAUAACUGUGUGCUUAACAAUAAUAAUAGAUUAUUAGACCUUGUUCUAUCUGACUUAAAGUGCUUAGUAUCUCGAACGUUACCUUUAUCGGAGCCAGAAGAUGGGCAUCAUCCCCCACUACUUGUAGAGGUAGAUAUUCAUUCAAUAGAAAGAAACCUUAGUCUUAAUCAUCGUAUAGUCCGCAAGUAUCAAAAUGCAGAUUAUAGCAUUAUUAACACAGAAUUAUCAAAAAUUAACUGGAAACUAGAACUAAAUGACAAAUAUAUUACUGAAGCAGUUGAUGCUUUCUAUAGUAUCAUAAACGAUUUAAUUGAAAAAUAUGUUCCAUCGAAACUGACAGUAGAAA